CAGGGCUGCAGCUGUGGGUCGUUUCAGGUUGUAUUACUGAAGUAUAACUGCGCACAGAACUAUUGGAGACAAAUAAUAACUGCUUUAUCCAAACAUCCGGUUUAUUACCAGUCUGUAGCUGCUGCCUGCAGAGCUAUCAGCCAUGAACGCCUCUACCAGCAGAGAGGAUGCAAGCCCACCAGAGCACUAUGUGCCGCAGUCAUCAUUAGCCGCUGCAGCAUCAUCUUCAUCAGCUCCAGCAGGAGGAGGAGGAGGUUUGUACCUGAAUGCCUACGAGGUGUCCUUUCCCCUGGAGGAGGGUAUAGAACGACCCCCCGCCUAUCACCUGAACCAGGGCCAGCAGAUGAUGGAUGAGCCGGUGGUGCAAGAGCCUCCUCACUCUCAGUACAGCACUUUCAUCCUGAUCUCUAACCUGCGAGCUCACCUGUACGUCACUCUGGAGAAGAACGCCUGGCUGCAGAAGCGCAUCGAGGAGCUCGAGGAGGAACGCAACUUCCUGCGCUGCCAGCUGGAUCGCUUCAUCGUCAGCAUGAGGAGUCCAGAGGAGUGGAGCGCGGACGCCCAGCGUGGUGUGAAGGUCCAGCCUGCCAGCUCUCCUUCCCCUCUGUCCCCCAUGACCACCAGGUCCGGAAUGACCCUCAAACGCAUCCAAGGAUCAGGAUCUCGGACCCGCCGCAAUGCUGCCAGGCAGGAGUUUCAUGUGGAGGAAGACAAAUACUACACUGAGGAUGAGUACGUGGAGGAGGAGGAAGAAGAAGAGGAGGAGGAGGAGGAAGAUGUGGACUCUUCAGCAGAGAAGGGGCUAAAGAAGAAGUGCAGAGGGCGGGUCAGUGGAGAGCCCAGGAUGAAGAUGAGGAGGGUCUUCAGGAUCACACACGGGAGGGAGCGACAAAGAGUUAAAGAUCCCGAUGGGGUUUUGAUCCGUUACAAGAAGAUCCUGUCCACCUACCAGCGGGUGAGGAGCAUGUCCCGAGCCUUUCAGAUCCACGGAGUCGACCGGAACACCAUGGCCUCCACCUCCCCCAUCGCUGAGCUGCUGCUGGUGGCUCCGGAGAAGGUGACGGAAGUCGGGGAGUUUGAGGCAUCCAAGGAGAAGCUGCUGGACUACGCCCGGAGGUGCUACAAGACGAUGGAUGACGAGACGCACGCCAAAGUGCAGACCAUGAAGAAGACUCACAAGCUGCUGCCCAUCUCCUACAGGUUCAGAAACUGACUGCAGAGGGAGGCCAGCAGCAGGCUCACCGAGAGCCGAAAAGAUGGGAGUUAAAAAAUUAAAUGGCAGCUCACAGGGCGAGUUUUUUUUUUUUUUUUCUUCAAUACGCUGCUCGAUUUAUAGGAUUUAGUUUUUCUGUUGUGCAGCUGUUACUGUUUUUCCUCCCUCUCAGAUGUUUAACGGUGUUUCUCACCGGAGACUGAACGUUUGUUUGCUUUACGUCAGGAAUUAACUGAAGCUCUAUACAUGCUGUUAAUUAUGACGCCCUCAGAGAUGGUUUUUCUUUUCAUGGGUGAUUUAUCAGUGCCUGCAGGUGUUUAUGGAGCAGGUAUGAGAUGGAAGUUGGAGUACAAGUGUUUUGAAUUUUGCUCUGAAUAAUUGUUGGCAUCAUUUCCUGUAAGUUUUUGUUAUAAAAGAGAGAAAUAUUUGUGGCAGUAUUUGAUUUUGCUUCCUGUGCUGAUGAGUGUCUUUUUUUGUUUGUUACUUAAAACAAACUUUAUUAGUUUGUGUAUUUCAUGCAUAAGAUCUUUAAGUUAA